CCGACCGCAGCGAGAAAGACGCAAUAUGAUGGCAAAUGACGGCUUCCAGACGGUGCUCGGCGCUGAUGCCAACCGCCGGUACAGCCGCCAGCUCCUCGUUGCGGACUUUGGCGUCCAGCGGCAGAAGGCGCUCCUCGAGGCCCGCGUGCUAGUGGUCGGCGCGGGCGGGCUCGGGUGCCCCGUGCUGCUUUACCUCGGUGGUAUGGGCGUCGGUCACAUUGGCCUCGUCGAUGGCGACGUUGUCGAUGAGACCAACUUGCAUCGGCAGGUGCUCCACACGCAGGCAGCUAUCGGGCGGCUCAAGGUCGAGAGUGCCCGUGACGAGCUCCAGCGCCGCCACCCGCACCUCUCGCUGGCUACAUACCCCGUGUUUCUCACGGCUGCCAACGCCGCCGAGCUUGUGCGUAGCUACGAUGUCGUCGUCGACGCUUCGGACAACGUCGCGACGCGGUACCUCGUCAAUGACGUCUGUGUCCUUGAAGAGAAGCCGCUCGUGAGCGGGAGCGCGUUGGGCUUGGAAGGGCAGGUGACCGUAUACCACUACAAGGGUGGCCCGUGCUACCGGUGUUGUUACCCCAACGCCAUGCCCGCUGGCAUCACUGGCAACUGCUCGGACAAUGGCGUGCUCGGCGUCGUGCCCGGCAUCAUCGGCUCCAUGCAGGCGAUGGAGGUGGUCAAAGUCCUCACUGGGAUGGGCGCGCCGCUAAGCCGCACGCAGGCCUUCUAUGACGCCUUCGACGGCAGCGUCCGCCACUUCAAGCUACCGCCAAAGCGCAAGGACUGCGCCGUGUGCGGCGAGAGCCCAACGAUCUUGUCGGCGCACGACUCGGCGGCCACUAGUGCUCGUACCUGCGCGCUGCCGUCGUCGCUGUCGCCCGACCACAUAAUGAGCGUCGAGGACUUGGCCGCGGCCCUUCGACGUGCGUCGUCGCCGGCUGACUAUUGCCUCCUCGACGUGCGCGAGCCGGUUCAAUUUGCCAUUUGCCACUUGCGCGACGCUGUCAACAUCCCGCUGAAAGCGCUUCCCGCCCACCUCUCGCAGGUUCCUGCGUCCAAGCCAGUGUACGUACUUUGCCGCCGGGGGGUGGAUUCGGUCGACGCCGCCCUCUUGCUGCUGCAGUCGACGACGCGCGUGUGGCACAUUGAAGGCGGCCUCGACGCGUGGGCAGCACGCGUCGACCCAGCCUUCCCCAUGUACUAGACGAUAAAAGUAAAUUGACUCGGCUACCUGCUACCAAGGCCUUGC